AUGAUUCGGGCGGUGAUGGUGAUAAACACGCAGGGAAAGCCUCGGCUUGCCAAGUUCUACGAAUUUCAGCCUGUGGAGAAGCAACAGGAGCUUAUACGCAGCGUCUAUGGAGUGUUAUCCAGCAGAGCUGAGAAUGUGAGCAAUUUCGUGGAUGCUGAGUCUAUUUUCGGCCCGGAUACUCGCCUUGUGUACAAGCAUUUUGCAACUUUGUACUUUGUCUUUGUAUUUGAUAGCUCUGAAAACGAGCUUGCCAUGCUCGACCUCAUACAAGUUUUUGUGGAAACCUUGGACAAAUGCUUCAAAAAUGUGUGCGAGCUUGACGUCGUGCUCAAUUACAGCAAGAUGCAUACAGUAAUGGAUGAGAUCAUUUUUGGAGGGCUAGUGCUGGAAACAAGUUCAACUGAAGUUAUGAAAGCCGUUGAAGAAAUCUCAAAGUACUCUCUCCCAACUCCUCUCCCCCUUCCUUCCCCUCUUCUCUCUGUUAGAAACAGCCUCAAAUGCCAUCUCACUGGUCCCAAAAUCUGUUUCUGCCUGGCGGAACCGAUAGUAUGCAGUUUUGAGUGA